AUGUCCGACGCAAAGACCAAGGCCCAGACCCUCAUCAACGAGAACGGCGUCGUCGUCUUCUCCAAGUCCUACUGCCCAUACUGCAGCGCCAGCAAGCAGCUCCUGCGCGACCUCGGCGCGAAAUUCGAGCUGCUGGAGCUCGACGAGAUCGAGGACGGCAAUGCCAUCCAGAGCGCCCUCCAGGAGAUCUCGAACCAGCGUACCGUGCCCAACAUUUUCAUUAACAAGAAGCACAUUGGUGGAAACUCGGACCUGCAGGCUAUCAAGGACAAGCUGCCUGACCUGUUGAAGAGUGCUGGUGCUCUGUAG